AUGGCCUUGAUACAUUCCAACUUUGAAUUCUUGGAACAACCUUGGUGGAAACUAGAAUAUGAUGAACGCAAUGUCAAGUAUUACAUCUCAGAAAUCAAGCGCCUCCAAAAAGUCAUAUCAUCAUCCGUUGAGGGAGAGACUGAACUCAUUUUAGGAUAUAUUGAACUUCAUCAAGAACGUUAUUUAGUCGAAUGUAUUUCAGCGGAAAGCGAUAUAGACUUCGAAACUGUAAAACAACUGUUGAGGAACGAAACUAAUUCUGACCCUCAUUUAUUGCGAUUAGCUAAAAAAGUCCAAAAUCUCCAUAAUACUGUUAAAGGCAUAUUCCCAUCCAUCUUCUUUCCCAACCUUCCAAUGGAUCUCUUUACACCAUCAUUCGCACAGCAGUUGCAUCAACAGGUUGGCGGCAACGGAUUGAUUGAAAAUGCGGGUCAAUAUAGAACAAAAUUUGUAAAGCCAGCCCAAGAUGAUUUUUGUUACAUGGAACCAGAAUUGAUAGAGAAAGAGUUAAAAAAACUGUUCCGUCAAUGUCGAGAAGAUUUUAAGGAGGAUUUGGAAUUAGAAGAAGCUAUCAAGUUUGGUGCAUGUUUUCUUGCUCAUUUCUUGUAUAUUCAUCCUUUCAUGAAUGGAAAUGGGAGAGUGGCUAGGUUACUUUUGAGCUAUUUACUAUCAAAUUUCACUGUGGUGCCACUUUCCUUGUAUACAGGAGAGAAAACGCGAGAAAUUUAUUUAGAUUGUCUGCGUGAAGCACAGUGGUAUCAUAAACCUCCAUUCAAACCUAGUGCACUCGCGACUUUUAUACUCGAAAACGUACACUUGACAUCCUAUAACAUAUGUACAAAUAUGGAUAUAGAUAUUCAAAAUGUAGAUUAA